AUGCGACCUGAGAUUGAGCAAGAGCUCGCCCAUACCCUUCUUGUCGAGCUUUUGGCAUACCAAUUCGCAUCACCUGUAAGAUGGAUCGAAACCCAAGAUGUAAUUCUUGCAGAAAAGACAACAGAGAGAAUCGUGGAGAUUGGUCCGGCAGAUACUUUAGGUGUUAUGGCGAAAAGAACUCUCUCAUCCAAGUACGAGACAUACGACGCUGCAAAAUCUGUCCAAAGGCAAAUCCUCUGUUAUAAUAAGGAUGCUAAGGAGAUAUACUAUGACGUCGACCCGGUCGAUAACGAAGAACAUCCUACCGACACUGCUCUUGCGCCUUCGACGACAGUUCCAAAAACGACUCCUGCUAAUCCCAACUCCUCAACCGUAUCUAAUCCUUCUCCCAGCCCUGCGGCCAACGCUGGGCCUGCAGCACAAGUGCCUGAUGCCCCAGUUGCUGCACUUGACAUUGUGCGCUCCCUAAUCGCACAAAAGCUUAAGAAGCCGUUACUUGACAUCCCUCUCAACAAAGCUAUAAAAGAUCUUGUUGGUGGAAAAUCGACGCUCCAAAACGAGAUUCUUGGCGACCUUGGCAAGGAAUUUGGGUCGACACCCGAAAAGCCAGAAGAUACACCUCUGGACGAGUUGAGUGCUUCUAUGCAAGCCACAUUUGAUGGACAACUUGGAAAACAGUCUUCCUCGCUCAUUGCACGUCUUAUAUCUUCCAAAAUGCCUGGUGGAUUUAAUCUUACAUCCGCAAGAAAAUAUUUAGAAAGUCGUUGGGGAUUGAGCUCCGGAAGACAGGAUGGUGUGUUACUCUUGGCAAUAACUAUGGAGCCAACUGCUCGAUUGAGUGCCGAAUCCGAAGCGAAAUCAUUUCUAGACGAUGUAGCCUUAAAGUACGCUUCAAACACAGGUAUUGAUAUAACAACACCUGCUUCAGGGGGGGACUCAGGCCCUGGUGGGGCUGGUAUGAUGAUUGAUCCUGCAGCCUUAGAUGCUUUAACCAAAGAUCAGCGCGCUCUGUUCAAACAACAGUUAGAGUUGUUUGCCCGAUACUUGAAAAUUGAUCUUCGAGCUGGCGAGAAAGCCUUCAUUGGCACCCAAAAUUCAACAGCCGCUUUACAGGCGCAGCUCGACCUUUGGAACGUCGAACAUGGAGAUAUCUAUGCAUCUGGAAUCGAGCCAGUUUUCAGUCCCCUCAAAGCUAGAACAUACGAUUCAUCUUGGAACUGGGUGCGUCAAGACGCUCUAUCAAUGUACUAUGACAUCAUUUUCGGACGGUUGAAGGCAGUCGACCGUGAAAUAGUGAGCCAGUGUAUACGCAUCAUGAAUCGUUCAAAUCCGACACUUCUAGAGUUUAUGCAGUACCAUAUCGACAAUUGUCCAACGGAGCGAGGCGAGACAUACCAAUUGGCCAAAGAACUCGGACAACAAUUAAUUGAUAACUGCAAAGACGUUUUAGAAACCGCGCCCUCAUACAAAGAUGUUUCUCUUCCAACUGGGCCCCAUACAACCAUCGAUGGACGGGGAAAACUUAGUUACACUGAAAUUCCAAGGAAUAGUGUACGGAAGCUCGAGCAUUACGUCCGGGAGAUGGCCGAUGGGGGAAAGAUUUCUGAAUAUGGAAAUCGGACAAAAGUUCAAAGUGAUCUAACCCGAAUCUACAAGCUUAUCCAACAACAGCACAAACUAUCAAAGUCAUCCCAUCUGCAAAUCAAACAACUUUAUGGCGAUGUUAUCCGCUCUUUAGCAAUGAGUGAAGGUCAAAUAAUACCAAAGGAGAAUGGAUCCACUAACAGCAAUUCAACCUUUCAAAAAACAUCGCGGAAUAAGCUUGGAAAAGUUGAGACUAUACCCUUUUUGCACUUGAAAAGAAAGAACCAACACGGCUGGGAAUAUAGUAAAAAACUUACCGGGCUUUACCUAGAUGUUUUGUCGCAAACUGCAAAACUUGGCGUCACAUUCCAAGGGAAGAAUGCCCUCAUGACCGGUGCGGGAGCUGGAUCUAUUGGAGCCGAGGUUCUCCAAGGCUUAAUUAGCGGUGGAGCUAAGGUUAUAGUCACUACCAGCCGCUUUUCUCGCGAAGUGACAGAGUAUUACCAAUCGAUGUACGCUCGCUAUGGAUCCAAAGGCUCUCAAUUGAUCGUAGUACCUUUCAAUCAAGGUAGCAAGCAAGACGUUCAAGCACUAAUUGAUUACAUUUAUGACACAAAAAGUGGACUUGGAUGGGAUCUUGACUUCGUUAUUCCUUUCGCUGCAAUUCCAGAAAAUGGACGAGAAAUUGACAACAUCGACUCUAAGUCUGAACUCGCUCACAGAAUUAUGCUUACCAAUCUAUUACGAUUACUCGGAUGCGUCAAGGCUCAAAAACUAAGUCGGGGAUUCGAGACAAGACCUGCACAAGUUGUCUUGCCUCUCUCUCCAAACCAUGGUACAUUUGGAAAUGAUGGUCUAUAUUCAGAAUCCAAACUAGCACUUGAGACUCUGUUUAACCGCUGGCAUUCGGAGAGCUGGGGAAACUUUCUUACCAUCUGUGGAGCAGUGAUUGGAUGGACUCGAGGCACCGGUCUCAUGUCCGGAAAUAAUAUCGUUGCAGAAGGGGUCGAGGCUUAUGGUGUCAGAACUUUCUCCCAACAAGAAAUGGCCUUCAAUCUCCUCGGCUUAAUGUCACCAAACAUCGUUGACUUGUGUCAAUCAGAACCUGUGUUUGCAGAUCUCAAUGGUGGGCUACAGUUUAUUCCGGAUCUAAAAGACCUAAUGUCGAAACUACGAAAAGACAUCAUGGAAACCAGUGAGGUUAGACAGGCAGUUACCAAAGAGACUUCCAUCGAGAACAAGAUUGUCAACGGUGAAGAUAGCGAGGCUUUAUACAAAAAAGUCAUGAUUGAGCCUAGAGCCAACAUUAAGUUCGAUUUUCCUCACUUACCUGAUUGGGAGAAAGACAUCGCGCCUCUUAAUGAGAACUUAAAGGGUAUGGUCGAUCUUGAAAAGGUUGUCGUUGUCACAGGAUUUGCUGAGCUUGGCCCAUGGGGAAAUUCACGUACCAGAUGGGAGAUGGAAGCAUACGGCCAAUUUUCUCUAGAAGGAUGUGUCGAAAUGGCUUGGGUGAUGGGAUUAAUCAAAAACUUUAACGGCUCUAUCAAAGGAAAGCAAUAUUCUGGAUGGGUAGACUCAAAGACAGGCGAACCAGUCGAUGAUAAAGAUGUUAAAAGCAAAUACGAAAAGUAUAUACUGGAGCAUUCUGGUAUUCGGCUUAUUGAACCUGAACUAUUCCGGGGAUAUGAUCCCAACAAGAAACAGCUAUUACAAGAAGUUGUGAUUCAAGAAGAUCUAGAACCUUUUGAGGCCUCCAAAGAAACAGCAGAGGAAUUCAAGCGAGAACACGGCGACCAAGCUGAGAUUUUUGAAAUCGCAGAGACGGGCGAAUAUAUUGUUCGUAUGAAAAAAGGCGCCACUCUCUUGAUUCCUAAAGCCUUAAAAUUUGAUCGCCUUGUUGCUGGUCAGAUCCCUACCGGAUGGAAUGCCAAACAAUAUGGAAUACCCGACGACAUCAUAUCUCAGGUUGAUCCAGUGACUCUGUUCGUUCUUGUCUGCACUGUGGAGUCGCUUUUGGCUUCAGGAAUUACUGACCCCUAUGAGUUUUACAAGUAUGUUCACCUUUCUGAGGUAGGCAAUUGCAUUGGCUCUGGAAUUGGUGGGACAUCUGCGCUCAAGGGAAUGUACAAAGAUCGCUACUUGGAUAGACCUCUCCAAAAAGAUAUCCUCCAAGAGUCUUUCAUCAACACCAUGAGUGCCUGGGUAAAUAUGUUGCUGAUUUCUUCAACUGGUCCUAUCAAGACUCCCGUUGGUGCUUGCGCAACUGCAGUCGAAUCGGUAGAUAUUGGAUACGAAACAAUUCUAGAGGGAAAAGCUCGUGUGUGCUUCGUUGGCGGCUUUGAUGAUUUCCAAGAAGAAGGUUCGUAUGAGUUUGCCAACAUGAAAGCUACCAGUAACGCUGUUGAUGAAUUUGCACAUGGAAGAACGCCUAAAGAAAUGUCGAGGCCUACCACUACGACUAGAAAUGGUUUCAUGGAGUCACAAGGAUGUGGAAUUCAGGUUAUAAUGACUGCCAAACUAGCACUUGACAUGGGAGUUCCUAUCUACGGCAUUCUCGGUCUAACCACUACCGCAACAGAUAAGAUAGGAAGAUCUGUUCCGGCUCCCGGAAAAGGUGUCUUGACAACAGCCCGUGAAAACCCUGGAAAGUUCCCAUCACCUCUCUUAGACAUCAAAUACCGCCGCCGACAGAUUGAAUUGAGGAAGAAAAAUAUCAAACAGUGGCAGGAGUCAGAGUUAGCGUAUCUCCAUGAAGAAAUAGAAGCUAUGAAAUCGCAAGGCCUAUCAUUUAACGAAGGCGAAUAUGCGCAAGAAAGAGCUCUGCACAUCGAGCGAGAAGCUAAUCGCCAGGAACGUGAAGUGUUGAACAGUCUUGGUAAUAAUUUCUGGAAGAACGAUCCAAAAAUUGCACCUCUUCGAGGUGCCCUGGCAACAUGGGGCUUAACUAUUGAUGAUCUCGAUGUCGCCUCGUUCCACGGAACUUCCACUGUUGCCAACGACAAAAAUGAAUCAUCAGUUAUUUGCUCACAAUUGAAGCACCUAGGACGUAAGAAAGGCAACGCUGUCCUCGGUAUUUUCCAAAAAUAUCUCACGGGCCACCCAAAGGGUGCCGCUGGCGCUUGGAUGAUGAAUGGGUGUCUGCAAGUUCUCAAUUCAGGCUUAGUCCCUGGCAACAGGAAUGCUGACAACGUUGAUUCCGUUAUGGAGCAAUUUGACUAUAUUGUUUAUCCCAGCCGAAGUUUACAGACGGAUGGUAUAAAAGCUUUUUCAGUUACGUCGUUUGGCUUCGGCCAAAAAGGUGCUCAAGCAAUUGGAAUACACCCUAGAUAUCUAUUCGCAACUCUUGAUGAAGCAACGUAUAAAUCUUACUCGGCAAAGGUACAGGCUAGACAAAAAAAAGCAUAUAGAUACUUCCACAACGGGAUGAUCAAUAAUUGCUUGUUUGUAGCCAAAGACAAGUCUCCCUACACCGAUGAUCAGGAAUGCGCCGUCUUCCUCAAUCCAGAUGCCCGUGUAACACCAGACCCUAAGUCAUCCUUACUUACAUAUGCGAGCAAUUUUUCUAAAAAUACUGGGCCGACGGCAUCGAAAAAAGAGAGCACUAAACAAUUAGUCGAGUCAUUGGCGAAAGGUGCAGCAUCUCCAAAUAAUCGAGUUGGUGUUGAUGUUGAGGAUAUAUCAUCCUUCAAUAUAGAUAACGAGACUUUUUUGGAACGAAAUUUCUCUGAAAAAGAACGGGCCUACUGUUCACAAGCACCACAUCCAAGGUCUUCAUAUGCUGGAAAAUGGAGUGCCAAGGAAGCAGUCUUUAAAAGUUUAGGAGUUAGGAGCAAAGGCGCAGGUGCUCCAUUGAAAGAUAUCGAAAUAAUUAACAAUGAAAAAGGUGCUCCAAUUGCUAAACUUCAUGGCGAGGCAGCCAAAUCAGCUAAAACCGCAGGAGUUCGGGAAAUUAGUAUCUCAAUAUCUCAUUCUGAAACGCAAGCAAUCGCUAUUGCAGUAGCCACAUUUUAG